ACCUCGAUCCUGAGGGCUGGGCUCUUAGUUCUUACAGAUCUGCGCUUUGCGGCUUUCCUUUCACCUUCAGAAAGGUGUCGUUUUAAAAGAAGAUUUUAUUGGGAGGUCGAUGCAGAGCUGUAGAGUAAAAUGCCUUAUGAUGAAAUUGAAGCUAAAUUCUUGGGAUCUAGAGAGGAAGUAACAAGUGAACCUCGCUAUAAAAAAUUGAAGGCAACUGCAGAGGCUUACAUUUUUCCUCAUCAUACUAGUGCUGAUUUCCACGGAAACCAAGAGAAAACUGGAAAUGAUCGGGUCCCUGUGAGCAUCAUUGAUGUCAGAGGACAUAGUUCUUUUCAGGAGGAUAAAACCAAAACUACUGAUUUACGGAGACCUUUGCAUGAUGCAGUGCCUGCUAAGAGAUCAAAUGUUGAAUCCAUUGAUUCACAAGUUUUACAGGUUGCAGGUCCUCCAUUACUGUCCACAGACGAUGGGAUAUAUAGCACAAGUAAAGCGUUUAUAGGACCCAUUUACAAACCCCCUGAGAAAAAGAAAUGUAAAGAAAGGAGGAAUGAGGCAGACGACCUCACUGGUAUAAAUGACAAAGGAGGACAAAAAGAGAAACAGAAACUUAAGAAAUCAGAGAUUGAUGAUGAAUUAUUCCAGUUUUACAAAGAAAUUGAAGAGCUUGAGAAUGAAAAAGAGGAUUUGGAAAACAGUUGUAAGGAACCUGAACCUCCUCAGGAACAAUUUAUGCCAUAUUAUCAGGGCCAUAAUAAUGAUCUUUUAAAAUCUGAUGAAGAAAAGAAAGAUCUUAUUAAUGCUCUUCAGCCACAUUGUGGUUAUCAACAGAACUUGGAGAAUGACCCCGGCAAAUAUCCCUGUAAUGGACAAGUAAUAACUACAUUUUGCGAUUUUCCAUUUACUUCCUUUAGGCCUGAAUGGCAGUCAGUGCAUCCUUUUAUAGAACCCCAUGGUCCUCCUUUUCCCAGUUUGAACUAUCAUUUAAAUAUUCAAAGAUUCAAUGCUCCACCAAAUCCACCAUUAAGUAUUUUCCAAGCCCAAGAUGAGUGUCAAAUGCAAAAUGGAUAUUUUGUAGAUAGUUGUAAUGUUAACUGGAAUUGUUUGACUUUUGAUCAGAGCAGUGAAUAUACUGACUAUUGUGAGACUAGCGAUAGCAUUCAUCCCUCUAGAAAUGGCUGCAGUAUGCAAGGUGGAUAUAUGAAUAAUGAUUUCUGUGAAAUCAGAGAAGGAUACUGGAAAGAUCCUUCUGUGGACAAACAUAAUGCAACAGACAGGUUUGUGAACCAGCAUUUUCAAGAGGAAAAGUUAAAUAAAUUGCAGAAGAUACUUAUUCUUUUAAGAGGCUUGCCUGGUUCUGGGAAAACAACAUUGUCUCGAAUUCUGCUUGGUCAGAGUCGUGAUGGCAUUGUGUUCAGCACUGAUGACUAUUUUCACCAUCAAGAUGGGUACAGGUAUAAUGUUAAUCAACUUGGUGAUGCCCAUGACUGGAACCAGAACAGAGCAAAACAAGCUAUUGAUCAGGGGAGAUCUCCAGUUAUAAUAGACAACACUAAUACACAAGCAUGGGAAAUGAAACCAUAUGUGGAAAUGGCCAUAGGAAAAGGAUACAGAGUAGAGUUUCAUGAACCUGAAACUUGGUGGAAAUUUGAUCCUGAAGAAUUAGAAAAGAGGAAUAAACAUGGUGUGUCUCGAAAGAAGAUUGCUCAGAUGUUGGAUCGUUAUGAAUAUCAAAUGUCCAUCUCUAUUGUAAUGAAUUCAGUGGAACCAUCACAAAAAAGCACACAAAGACCUCUUCCUCCAGAUGGGAGACAGAGAGAAAGAGUUUUAAAGAAAACUGGGCACAGUCUCAGCAAAACCAAACAAAAGAGAAAAAGAAAUCGAAACAAAAAGCAGAACACUCAGUGUAAAAUUAUGGAGGAGAACUCAUUUAAAAUCUUAAGUUACCAUAAACCAGAUGAUCAGGACCCAUCUCAGAGUGAAGAGGAAGAGAUCAAAAGAGAAUCAAAAGAGCAUCCUUUCACUGGUGGUCUACAAAAUGAAGUGGGAGAUUCCGUGAAUGGCUAUAAGGAAAAUGGAUGGAAAACUGUAGAUCCUGAAGACAGUUUUCCAAAUGUUAUGUCUAGAGUUGAUUUGGAGUGUAUACCAAAGAAUUACCUCUGUAAAGAAGGCGAUGACUGGUUUCUAAGUGUGUCAUCAAUGCCAAAUAAAUGCUCUGUUACUUGUGCAGGAUUGACUCAAAAUCAUUCCUGUAACACAAGUGAUGACUGCUCUGGUGUGAAGGUAGCAAAGCAUAUUGGAAAUAGGCAUAUCAGAGCAUUAGGCAUCCAGGACCUAUUUGCUGAAACCCCUCUCUCUUUUAUGAAGAAAAAAGAGAUGAUAGAUAAAAGUAUUCCAGAUGAACCAAUGCUGUGCCAUCAACAUGGAUCCAGAACUUCAGAUAAACUUUUAAGAGAGGAGCAAAGACUACAAGAAACUAAAAACAGUGAUUGGGCUUUUUUCACAGCCAGUUUGUCUGAUGAAGAAUUACAGCUGGGCUUUGAUAGUCAACCCUACUUUGCUGGCUGGCCUGAGGGACCUCAUAAGUUUGUAUGUGAACAGAGAUCAAAGAAAGAUAGAUCAUGUAAGUUGGCCUGUCCAGAUGGCAGGGAGCAAUUGAUUUCAUUGAUCUCCACUUCUGUAGGAACAUCAGGAGCAGGAAGCACUUCAGGAAGCACGAUGGAGGAGAAGCUACUGAUAGAAAAUGAAGAUUUUUCACCUCCGCCUGAAACUAUAGAUUCAUUCGCAGAAACAGAAACACCUAUCUUUAAAAGCUGCUUACCCCAACCAGAUGUGCCAGAGAGUGUCUUACAAUCAACAAAGAAUAAGAAACAGAGGCAGAAAAGGAUUUUCAAUUUGGCACCAAACUUUAACUUACUGGGACAGAACCAUAUUAAUGCAAAAGAAAGGGAGGAACAUGAUGUGUUAAUAGAAAACCAUGGACUAGAAAUUAUUUUGGGAGAUGAAAAAGGUAGAAUUUUAGAAAUAAACAAUGAAAGGAUGAAUAAACAAAAGCUUACGACCUUUGAUUAUCAUCCAUCAAGGUUUUACUUUCAUUUUAUGGAAGUUCCCCCUCUAUUUAUUGGUGGACAAUUUUAUUCUUAUUGCCUGUCAUUUAACAAACUAAGGCACUCUGCCUGUUUUUGUAAAAACGCUGCUCCCUCUCUUGUGCUGCGCUAUAUAUCUAGCUUCUGGAAGGUCUUGUCUACAAGCAAGAAACCAUGUUUGACUUUUAGACCUCAGACAAGACUAGCUAAUAAACUAGAUGACGUAGGUUCUCUUUCUUCAGAAAUUCUAAGUAACCAGCCUGAUACUUUGUGCUCUUUGAGGGCCACUUCUGAUCUUCACUUUUUGAAUGAAAGGUUUGAUGAAAAGCUGAAGAGGUGGAAGGAACCUAAGUACUUACUGACUGAAGAUAACCAAGAUUUAAUAAACACUGACUCUAUUUCCCUUGGGCUACUGUUAUCACAAGAGUUUGCCUCUCAACUAGUAAAACUUUUUGGAUCUCCUGGAGUUCCAAUAGAAUCCUUGUUGCCUGAUGACUAUGUGGUUCCCCUUGACGGGAAGACAUUGAAGAUGAUCUAUUUGCAAUGGAAAACAUCAGUGGAGAAAAGACAGAAGAAGAUUGGUUAAAAAAUGAGAAUUCCUUGAACAUUGAGUUUUCCUGUCUUCCUGCUGCUGCUGAAGAUCCUGAUCAUCUAGAAAAGUCAGAAUGCUCAGUGCCAACUCAAAGGAUUCACUCGUUCCAGAGACAUACCUAUUGGAUACCAAAAUUCAUUUGGAUAAUCUGUCCAACCAUUCUUGAUAAGUUAUCUGAAUAAUAAAAUACUCAGCAAAAGAGGUAACAA